AUGGAAGCUGUGGAGCUCUAUACCUUUGGAGUUCUUGCAAAAGACACAAAGGACAUGGGCUUAGCCGUUUCAUGGGUUGAGAAAGCUGCAUUGCCUGAGGAAACACGACAGGGACUUUUGAGAAGACUGCAUUCUUUACUUUCUCUCAAAUCAGCAAACGUUCCAGAGGCUACUUCUUUUGAGGAGAAUUCUUCUUAUGAUGUAGUGAAUAACAACAAGUCUUUGGCUAAUGACGAGGUUGAUUAUGUCUUGAAACUCUCUAAGCAACAUGAACCUUGGUCGUCACGUCCUCUAAGCCUAAGGCUUGGUAACACCCGGUUUAGCAUCUCCAGGGGGAAAGUUGCCUUAGGCCUUGUUUAG